AUGGCCUCCCAUCAGAACGAUGGCAUCGACGAUGAGGACCUCACGGUUCAUGCGUGCUGCGCGCCGCUCGAGAGCUUCACCCGACCCGUCAACGUCAGUGAAAUAAGCGAGGACGAGCGGAGACCCUUCUUCCACUGGCCUUACUUUGGGCCUCUGCUGGUUGAGAAUGAGAGCAGUGAUGCGAGGGAUCACUGCGCAAACGAGAGAACGUUCCUCUCAUACCUACGCCUCUCAAUCUACAUGGCCAUCGUAUCGGUUGCCAUCACCCUCUCCUUUCACCUCAAGACCGAGGCGACGCCGCUGGAGCUGCGCAUGGCCAAACCCCUCGGCACCAUUUUCUGGGCCCUGUCCGUCAUGACCCUGUUUGCCGGCAUGGGCAACUACAUCACAACUGUCAACAAGUAUAGCCGUAGAGCGGCAAUCGUGCAGAUUGGUUGGAAAACACAUGCCAUAUUCAGCAUCACAGCUGUAGCCAUCAUAGGAACUUGCCUCAUCCUGCUUGUCAUUGCCAAGAUUCGCAACUCAAGUUCAUGA